GCCAAUCAUGAAGCAUUUUCUUACGUGUGUUGAGGUGGCUGUAGUGCGACCGGCUGGUCAUGCACCCAAUUAUUCAUGAACAAAACAUCACAAACGCAAGCCGCUUGUCACAGCAACCCGGCCUAGUAUCGGAGGGCGUGGUUGAAGUUGAGCCCUGGCCGGUGAUCCCUUGGCUCACGUCGUGACUCGGCUUCGGGGCAUGGUUUCUGGUCACGUUGUUACCAGAUCCGUCGAUAGCCGCGCCUAUUCGGGCAAGAACAAAACUACGCCUCCUGCAGGUCCAAACCAUUCUCAACCACUCUUCCCGUUUGAUUGCCCAAGGGCGUGCGAUAAGUCAGAGGCAACAUAAAAGGGCAUUCAAGUUUCCUGCCUUCCCCGCUCUCUCCUUGUUACACGCACCCUUCUCAUCUUUGUCCACAGCUAAGCAUCAUGUCGCCUCACUCAGCAAUGGACACCGAAGCCGUCACCGACACAUCAGGUGUGGCGAUCCCGGAUCCGCUGUCUACUCCCAUCAAAAGCAACGAAAUUUAUGGGAGGAGGAGAAAGACGGAGAAAGCGCAAUGGGGCGUAGCUGCUCCUGCAGACAGUGUCAAUUUUAGACAUGGCUCUCAGGACCAUAAACCGAGGGCCAAAAGGUGGGAUCAUCACAUCAGCCACGAAGCGUCGAUUCGUAAGGGAAAUUCUCUCAAAAAGGCUGCUAAAUACCUGGGCAAGCCAGGGCUGAUUUCUUUGGGUGGUGGACUUCCGUCAAGUGAAUAUUUCCCAUUUGAAGAGUUGAGUCUCAAAGUACCUACGGUUGGCCACUUUUCUGAAUCCGAGACGAAGGAGUCAGGAGUCAUCAUCACUGCCGGAAAACACGAUCUCCCUCAAGAUAAAUCUAUUUUCGACAUUUCCACGGCUUUCAACUAUGGCCAAGGUACCGGAUCUGCACAGCUUUUGCGCUGGAUCACAGAGCAUACCGAACUCGUUCAUGACCCCCCCUAUUCUGACUGGAGAUGCACGAUGUCCAUCGGCAGCACUUCUUCUCUCGAUAUGGCCCUACGUAUUUUUACUCAGCCAGGAGACAUGAUGCUUUCCGAAGAAUACACCUUCGCCACUGCCGUCGAGACAGCCUUACCAAUGGGCGUCCGCGUUGUCGGUAUCCCUAUGGAUUCGGAAGGUCUCCUACCAGAUGCUCUGGAUUACAUCCUUUCGGCCUGGGAUGAAAAAGCACGUAGAGCACCAAAGCCACAUCUACUUUACACCGUUCCAUCCGGACAGAAUCCCACUGGAGCAACCCAAGGUGCUGGGCGGCGACAAAAAAUAUACCUCGUAUGCCAGAAACACGACAUCUAUAUUCUUGAGGACGAGCCCUAUUACUUCCUGCAAAUGCAACCCUACACCGGCCCCAAUGUCCCCGACGUACCCCCACCUUCCUCGCACGCUGAAUUCCUCAAAAGCCUUGUCCCAAGUCUUCUAUCCGUGGACAUCGACGGCCGUGUCAUGCGUCUUGACUCUUUCUCUAAAGUCUUAUCACCUGGCUCACGAAUUGGCUGGAUCACAGCAUCUGAGCAGGUCGUCGAAAUGUACAAGAAGCAUGCAGACGUUUCAACGCAAGGUCCGGCUGGAAUGUCACAGCUCGUUGUGUGGAAAUUGUUAGACGAGCAUUGGGGGCAUGCGGGGUAUCUAGACUGGUUGAUUUAUAUCCGCAUGGAAUACACAAGAAGGCGUAACGUCAUGCUAAAGGCUUGCGAGAGAUAUCUGCCAAAAGAGGUAGUAAGCUGGAAGCCACCAAUGGCGGGAAUGUUUGUCAGUGGGCUUUCUUUCCAGCAUAUCCCUCCCCAAAUAUCAUUCUAUAUCCUUUUCAUCCCACAAAUCCUGCUUUCUACAUCCUCAUCACAUCACCGGCCUUUAACUUAAACACUGGCGCAAACAUCAAAUCUCACACUCACAUCUAACCCCUCUUCCAGCACUGGCUCCAAAUCGACUUCAAAUCCCACCCAGACUACCCAGUGAAGUCCAUCGAAACCAUCGAAGAAGAGAUCUUCAUGACCGUCAUCGAGCAUGGCGCGCUAGUGAUGCGCGGUUCUUGGUUCUAUG